CCGCCAUAUUGAAUAAAGCAAGAAAUCGCUACUGAGUUUUGUCAGACAUUUUUUCGUGGGAAAAUGUCAAAAAAGCGUGGGUUGAGUUUGGAAGAGAAGAGAACACGAAUGUUGGAGCUUUUCUUUGAAAGGAAGGAAUUUUUUCUACUCAAGGAGUUGGAGAAAAUCGCUCCAAAAGAGAAAGGCAUUACUUCCAUGUCUGUCAAGGAAGUUGUACAAAGCUUGGUGGAUGACAAUCUAGUGGAUACUGAUAAAAUUGGUACCUCUGUUUAUUUCUGGGCCUAUCCAAGCAAAGCAAUACAUACAAGACAACAAAAACUGACACAACUUACAGAGCAAGUCAAUGAGUGUGAAAAGAAAAUUGCCUCUACAACAAAACUACUAAAGCAAGCAGGCAGUGGCAGAGAACAGUCUGAUGAAAGAAAUUUGAUUCUUGAAGAGCUGACUCAAAAAGAAAAACUUUGUAAAGAACUGGAACAAGAGCUUGAGAGAUAUCGUGAAUGUGACCCAGAAGUGCUAGAAAACUUACAAAAGGAAACACUGAUGUCGAAGGAAGGUGCCAAUCGCUGGACUGACAAUGUGUUUACAAUCAAAUCCUGGUGUGAACGCAAGUUUGGGCUGGAAAAGAAAAUGAUCGACAAAAGCUUUGGAAUUCCAGAAGACUUUGAUUAUGUGGAAUAGACAACAAGACAUCCAAGUUUGUACUUGAUGUUAGUUUACUGAGCAUUAUUACUUCAAUGGAUCUUUUAAGUUUUUCCUCUGGUUAUUCUCAGAGCUGGAAAUGGCACUCUGCCGGUCAACCCACUGCAGUUCUUGGUAACACAUAUUAGCAAACUGUAAUUCCUUUCUACUACUGUAAUUUCUUAGGAGCAGUUUUCCAUUUUACUUUGAUAUCAAUUAGUUUAUACCAGCUUCCAGCCAUGUCAUCCAGCCAUAUAUUCUGAUAGAACCUCUUUUCAAGGUGGUACUAAUAAGACUUUUCGUAUGGAAAAUAAAUAUAGCAUUAACAUUUAUUGUGUACGUCUGUAGCAAUGUGGCAUAGGUUUGACUUAAGUGAAAAACCGUGAGAAAUUUAUCUCAUUUUUUGGACAAUUAUAAAUGAGUCAAAGAGACUUAAUAUAUUAACCACAUUUCAGUUUCAAUUUAAAUAACCUGCUUUAUCUUAAAAGGCCACUCCCUUCUCAAGGGGUGAAGGAGAGGGAAUCCUUUAAUUUUAGUUCAAUUGGGAAUGGUUUAAAAAUGCCUUGAUGGUGAAAAGUUUUCUGCAAAUGUUUUGGGGAUGUUGCACAUGGAAAAGCAGGCAUCAUGGAUAAGAUGGAACAGAAUCUCCUUGAAACUGCUGCUUUAUUCAUUCCUAGGUUCCUCUUAUCAGUUUUCUUCAAAAUCCAACAAUUUUUUUUGUUGACUUUCCAAGCUGCUUCAGUCUGUUAUACUCUGUUAUAUCCUCAGCCUGCACCAUAUUUUUUCUCUUUGGAUGAAGUUUCAAUUUGUGUAGAGUUUCUGCAAAAUAGUCAGGCAGAGGAGCUUUUAUUAUGAUAUUUCUUCCUUUGUAAAAGUUGGGUAAAGUUAAUUGUCUUGCAUGUAGGUGAAGAGGAAUCAGUGCUCUUUGCCAUUGUCUAAUUUUUCCUUUUGCUGUGGGGUUUUCCUUAUUCUUUACACCUUGAAUUUGAAGAAGUUGUAGU